AUGGCCGUCACAGACCUCACACCCCAAGCCUCUAAAAAAGAAGGAGAUACAUACACCAAAGCCCUAACCCUCAACCACCUCUGGGCCGCAAAAACCACCCUCCAAAACCCCUCCCUGUUCCCUACCCUCGCGCGCGCCCAACACCCUCAAAUCCUCUGGAUAGGAUGCUCCGAUUCACGGUGUCCGGAGACCACUUUCCUCGAUCUAAAUCCAGGCGACGUCUUCGUGCAUCGCAACAUCGCCAACGUGGUGAAUAGCCAGGAUGUGAAUUGCGCUGCGGUGGUGGAGUACGCGGUGUGUCAUUUACGGGUUAAGCAUGUGGUUGUUUGUGGACAUACGUGUUGUGGGGGGGUUGGGGCUGUCCUUGCUAGUUCUUCUUCUCAGGAGGGAAAGGGGGAUCAGAGUGUGCUGGAUGCGUGGUUGAGGCCAGUGAAGAGGGUUAGGGAUAGGCAUGCGAGUGAGUUGGGGGGAAUACAUGGGGAGUAUGAGAGGGGGGUCAGGUUGGUGGAGUUGAAUGUGUUGGAGGGGGUGAAGGUGCUGAAGGGAAUGGAGGUUGUGAGGGAGGCGGUGGAGAGGGGGGAAGUGCAGGUUCAUGGGGUGGUUUAUGAUGUGGGUUGUGGGGUGGUGAGGGAGUUGGAGGUUGAAUAG